AUGGGGUCACAGAAACAAAGAGGUAAUCAAGUAUAUUCUAAGAAAGGAGACGAACAGGUGUCGGGAGCAGGUGAGAGGAGCCAGGUACCGGGAGCAGGUGAGAGGAGCCAGGUACCGGGAGCAGGUGAGAGGAGCCAGGUACCGGGAGCAGGUGAGAGGAGCCAGGUACCGGGAGCAGGUGAGAAGAGCCAGGUACCAGCACACAAGCGUCAAUCAGUACAGUAUUCCACGCUGGUAGGACCGUCAUUUGUCAACGCCAGCGUGCACGCCUACGCCCACGCCCCCGUAGGCCAGACAGCUUACCUCACCUGCGUGGUUAGAAACCUCCAUAACUACACUGUCUCGUGGGUGAGAGCAAGAGACAUACACCUGCUGACAGCUGGCAAGACUACCUACACCUCAGACCACAGGUUCGUGGGUGUUAACCCAGGGGGCGGGGAGCAGUGGGUACUGAGGCUGCACCACGCAAAGCCCACGGACGCUGGCAUGUACCUCUGUCAAGUGUCCGUUACUCCACCCAUCUCCACGUCCGUCACUCUCCUUGUAACAGAAGCGGCCGCCAGGGUGUCGCCAGGGAGGGAGAUCUUCCUGAAGGAAGGCAGCCGUCUGGUGUUGGUGUGUGAGGUCCGUGGCUGCCCUUACCCUGCCCACCCCACCUGGUACCGUGGCAGCCAGCUCCAGGAUGGAACACAGGUGGAGGAGGGUCAGGUAACUGCUACCUCGUCAACGCCACCUCCAGACUCUUCAACUUCCUCCACUGCACCUCCGUCCACGUCAACCACUUAUGAAGCAUCACAGCCGCCUUCCACGCUAUCUGCCCUUACGCCCACGCCCACGCCCGCGCUCACCACCUCCACCCCGGCCUCUACCACCACGCCCACGCCUAUAGGUCUGCCCAUAGCCAAAGUGACGCUCACGCGCCCACAAGCUAAGGUGGCCCACGCUGGCGUGUACACAUGUAUGAACUCCUGCACGCCUCCUGUCAAUCUCACACUCCACGUGCUUAUAGGUGACGAGGAGACGGCUGCCAUGCAGCACCUCAGCGGGUCGUUGAGCCUGGCUCCGGCAGGGGGCGCCAGCGGCUUGUUACUGGUGGCAGCGGUGACAUCCUGGAGGUGGCACAAGAUGGCAUCGUGA